AUGAAAGAACAACUGGGCCAGCUCAAAAGACAUGAGCUGCUUGAUGAAGAAGAGAUUUCUGAAAUUUGUAGUAAAGCAAUAGAAAUUCUAAUUCUUGAGCCUAACAUCAAAAGAGUCAAUUCCCCCACAAUUGUUGUAGGUGACAUACAUGGCCAGUUUUCAGAUCUCCUGCAAAUUUUCAAUUCCCACGGGACACCUGAAAAUGUACACUAUGUUUUUCUAGGCGAUUUUGUUGAUAGAGGCGAAAACUCGUUGGAAUGUAUUUUGUGCUUGCUGAUUUACAAGAUCCAUUAUCCAGCGAACGUAACUCUUUUGAGAGGAAACCAUGAACAAAAGAUAAUCAACAAAGUAUAUGGCUUCUAUGAUGAGGUAUGCAUAAAAUAUUCCAAUAACAUUAUUUGGAAAAUGAUUAACUCUGUUUUUGAUCAUCUUAGCAUUGUCUGCAUCAUUGAUGGUAGAUAUUUUUGUGUUCAUGGUGGUAUUUCACCAAGGGUUUCAAUUAAUGAGCUGGAAAGAGUGGAUAGAUUUGAAAAGAUAGCAGACCAAUCCAUUAUUAACGAUAUCAUCUGGAGUGAUCCUUUUUAUAGAAUGGGCGCAUCCCCAAAUCCAAGAGGAAAUGGGUUUUUAUUUGGAGAAGAUGUUCUCAAGCAGUUUCUGAUAUUCAAUAAUGUUGAAAUAUUGAUCAGAUCACACCAGCUAGCCAUCGAGGGAUUUAAAUGGGAUUUUGACGGACAUUGCUUAACGAUUUGGAGCGCGCCUGACUAUAUGGGAAAAUGCUCCAAUCCUGCCAGCGUUCUGUUGAUAGAAAGAAACAUGCCGAUCACGCCCAGAAGUAUAAAAAUAUUUCAAAAAGCAAAGCCAAGUACAUCAGCUAGUAAGAAUACUGGUUAG